UUCUGCUAGUGUAUCCCUGAUCUUCUGACCCCUUGACCCAUGUGCUCCUCAUCAACUGCUGUUUGGAUCUUGAUGGUGCUGCAGAUGUUUCAUGUGGUACAUGCAGGUCAGUUUUCAAUCAUCCCACCCCAAAACCCCACCAUUGGAUUCCUUGGAGAAGAAGUAAUCCUACCAUGCCAACUAACAACUAAGACUAUAUCUGAAAGCAUCAGCAUAGAUAUCCACUGGAUGUUUAUGAAAUCAUCAGAAAAAAUCAGUGUGAAGUCCUAUGGUGGAAAAAACAAGGAGGAUAUGCAAGAUGGGAGAUAUCAGGAUCGAGCAGACCUCUUCUAUAAUGAGCUUAAUAGAGGGAACAUGUCCCUGAAGCUGAAGAACAGCCAGAUCUCUGACCAAGGAAAAUACAUCUGCAUGGUCUCUCUUGGAGACUGGUAUGAUGAGGCGGUUGUUGAGCUGAAUUUGACAGCUAAUGGAGCAGAGCCUGCUAUUGCCUUGGAACUGUAUAAGGGCCAGGGAAUUGGUCUCACCUGCAGUUCUAGUGGUUGGUAUCCCAAGCCGCAAGUUCUCUGGCUGGACAGCAAAGGGAAACCCCAAACUGAGAAAGCAGAGGCUACAAACAUACAGCAGGAACCGGGAGGGACCUUCAGUGUUUCCAGUUCCUUUACGACAGAGCAAGGAGCUGACAAUGAAGUCUCUUGUAAAAUCAUCAACAGUAUAUUGCAGACCGAGAGUGAAUCCAGAAUCUUGAUCUCUGAUGAUUUUUAUCCUUCUACUUCCCCUUGGCUUCCUCCCUUCAUAAUAAUUUUAUUGCAUAGCCUGUCUCUUACUGCUUUUUUGGUGUAUGCACUAAUACAGAGCUAUCAAACAGUGUCUCAAUCUGUAGAGAAGAAGAAUGCAAUAAAAGCGGAACAAGAACACCUAAACCAUGCAAUAGAUAUAGGGAGAACAACAUCCCAAACAGCUGUUGCUGAUCUGCAAAAACGUUCUGCUCGACUCACAGAUGAGCUGGAUUUUAGAAGAGCUCAGAGUCUUGCAGCUUCUGUCAUUUUGGAUCCAGAUUAUAAACAUCCUGAAGUCACCAUCAGUGAAAAUAAUAGGGUAGCCCAACUUAAGCCACCUACAGCAGGGCAACCUGUAACUGCUCCUUUUGUGAUGGGGAAGGAGGGUUAUGCUGCUGGGAAACACUACUGGGAGGUGAAGGUGGGUGACAGGUUGGACUGGGAGCUGGGAGUGCUGACUCAGGCUGCUAGGGACAAAGCCAAAAAGGAAAUGUCUGUGGAUUCCCUUGGAGAAGAAUUCUGGACUCUGAGAAGCUGCAGAGGAGGCUUAUUUUCAGGCAAGGAUAAGAUUGAAAAGAAGGACGUAUCCUGUCUAGUGAUUGGCAUGUUCUUGGACCAACAGGAUGCAAGAACUAUCUCGUUUUAUAAUGCAGAGUUAAUGUUCCAUAUGAAUUCUAUCCCCAUUCAGUCGGAAGAGAAAUUAUUCCCAUUUUUCAGCUUUGGCAAAGCUGCAGAAGACAAAGAUCAGAGUGUACUGGAGAUCGUUCCUGUCAGUGUCAUUGUCCGUUCCAAUAAUUUUAGGUAGAAAGAAUCAUUGUGAGUUUUGUUUUGUUUUUUCACCAAAGAAAAGUGGACAGAAUAUUGAAUCCCAGGAUACACAAGGUGACAAUAAAAUAGAUACUAAACAUACUUCAAAUAUUUAACUGUUUUUUCCCCUUUUUUGAUUCCAUUAUUUACAUUGUUUUAAAAUCAUCCUUACAGACAGACAUUUUAUAGCACAAUCUCAAUCCUGAUAGGGAAUAGGGAUGCACAUGGAUUCCACUGCUCAGUCUGAAAAUAGGUAGGCUUUAUGAGUGUUUACAUCACACUCAAAAGCUUUCAGGGUUCUCAAGCUGUAUGAUCCCCACCUCCAGAGGAAAUGAUGCUCUGCAUGUCCUUGUAAGGAGAGGCCUCUGUGGCAAGUCCUCUACCACCUGCUAUCCACUCCCUUAAAGUAAGAUUUUUUUUCCCCAGCUUUGAGGGGAAAGGGGGACAGGGAGGAAAAAUAUGCUACCGUGAAGGCAGUUACAAGUUCCACUUUGAGUCAUGACCUGCUUGAAUGAGGACUGUGCCUGACUGAAACUGGGGUUGCUCUUUCUUUAAUGAGAUAUUUUAUUGUAUAUUUGCUUGCUCGUUUGGUCAUUUUUUAUGUACAAAUGUUUUGUCAUUUGGUCAUUUAUGUGCGUCUAUGUUGCUACCAGAAAAAAAAUUCCUCACCAGCUUCAUUACAAUCUCCUCACCCAUUUCUUCACCAGCUGCAAUACAGAUGAGUAAACUUUCUCUAUGACCAGGUUUUUUGUGAAUGUGCAACUGUUUUGUAUGACAGUGGACACAUUGUCAGGUGGGCAUAGGCCAAAUAUAUAAAGAAACUAAUUCUGCAAAUGGUCAUUGGUCACCACUUGUUAUUUUUGUUUACAUGUUUCCUCUUGUUGCGAACCCUGUAUAUUUAUCACUAUAGUUCUGUAAAGCCAGGCUCAGAGAAGAACUUUGGGACAGGCAUAAAAGCCAUUCGGAAAUAAGAGAGGAGCUUUUAAAUCCCACAAAUUCUUUUAUUUGCUGUUCCGCAUUCAAGAAAAUGGGGGAAACAGUGAGAGAGCUGAUAGACAUUCUGAGGUGAACUCUCACAGAUGUAAACAAUGGCUAAGAUACAAUGCAGCAUAUUGCUCUUCCAUCAGUGGAGUGUGCGCACUGAUUUCAUGCGUGAGGAGAGCCGGCUGAUGCUUCUUGCAAAUGUGGGGGGCAAAGAGAAGAGAUCUCUCCUUAACCAGGCUUUAAGAAUCACACCAUUCUUAAAUGAGGUGAUUUAGCUUUAAGAAUCACAACAUCCACAAUCGGAAACUAUGGGAGAUGUGUCCUACAGUGCGGAUGUGAUUCUUAAAAGCCAGGAAGGCUCUCUAUUUUUGCAAACAGCAUCGGCAGGCUCUCUUCUCUCAUGGACCCAGUGUGCAUGCAUUGCUGAUGGAAGAGUGGAAUGCUGCAUGGUAUCUAAGGCAAUAUAGAAAUCCCAUAAAUGCUCUUUAGAAUGUUUUUUUUUUUAACAUUCAACCAUUUCCAGCUGAUUCUCUUCCUGUGGAAGCAAAGCUAUGAGGACUUGUUUUUUAAAAAAAAAGACAGGGAAAAGUUGCACAAAGAAUCCACAAAAAUGUUUAGUGUGACCCUAAUGGCAAUAUAUUUUCAUGAGAUAUUGCCCAGCUGGGGGAUACCGCACUACAACCAUUAACAUGCUUCCACUACACAGUGCUUCCCAUUGGCCUGGCAUUUCACAUACUCCAGCAAUCAUGCUAGUUUGGGAAGGGCU